UCGAGCCCCCGGUCAGUGUUUGGGAUGUUGGCGGCGGAAAACCCAUCAGUGGACGGACACUUGGCAGCAUCGACACCCCGCAGAAGAGGCAUGGAUCGCAAGCCAAGUAAAAAUGCCAACAAGAAAUUUAUACAAGCUCGUCUCCCAUUCAAGCGCCUGAACUCUGAACCCAAAGAAAACCACCCACAUAAACGCCCCUGUGCACAUGCCUACCCCGAGCCUUCAGACAGAGAAAAUGAGAAUGAGUCCUCCCCUCUCCCCAGACAACCCUUGGUUAAUGGUCGCGGGCCCCUCGAUGGCUUCUUGAGCCAAAGGUGCCCCACGGCCUCUAAGAAGAACACGGUUAUAGAUCUGACUGAGGACAACAGCUUGUCUCCUGUAAAACAUCUUAUUUCACCUGCCCCUCCUUCUCCCUCCCUCCUGACAAAAGACAAGCAACACAGCAAAGACAAAACUGCCUCUUCGGAGAAAUCCAGCAACCUCGAUCAAACUCAGACACCCACUGUAGACUCUGCAGUUGUCAAUAGUGAUGAUGAUGAUGAAGAAGAAGAGGCGGAUGAUGAAGAUGGGAAUCAAACAUCUAUUUCUCAGCUUGACAUAACACAGGAUUCUGACAGUGAACCAGAGGAGCAGAAUGAGUCAGAAAAUGUUUCCAGUUUGGGAAAUAAGUCCGUACAGUCAGCCUCAUCAGUGAGCUCCAUGUCUGAAAGUUCUCCAGAGAAGUCCAAGAGUGAAGACCCUACACCCACUACAACACCUACAGAGCCAAAGACCACCCCCAAGAUACCAGACGAUCAGAAAAAGAACAGAAGAAUCUCAUUAAAGAGUUUACAAGAACAAGAGGAGAGGCUUCGUUUGCGUCAGGAGAAGGAAUGCCAAAAGGAAGAGGCUAAAGCUGCAAAAGAGAAAAAGAAAGAAGAGGCUCGCAAACUGAAGGAGGAACGAGAAAGAAAAAAACGCGAGAAAAGGGAGAAAGAUGAGCGUGAGAAGCGAGAGAAAAAAGAGAAGGAAGAAAAGGAAAAAGCAGACAAGUUAAAAGCAAAAGAGGAGCUACGGAAAUCCAAGCUAGAAGCCAAGUUCGAAGAAAAACGGAAGAGAGAAGAGGAUAAGCGAGUGAAGGAAGAAGAGAAACGGUUGAAGGAAGAGAAAGAUCGCCUGAAAGCUGGGAAAGCAGAAAUUACACGUUUUCUGCAGAUAGCCAAGAUCCAACAAGCUCCAAAGACGCUUGCACCCGCAUGUGGAAAGUUUGCUCCUUUUGAGAUAAAAGGACACAUGUCUCUGGCACCGCUGUGUCGUGUUCAGUGUGCGGACUCUGUUUUGGAGGAUCUUGACCGGUGUUUGUUGAAUCCCAGUAAUAACCUAAAUGGACUGAAAGACUGGAUUGGAAAAAAGCCCCGUCAGUCAGGACCCACCAAACGCAGGCGGACAGACGCACUCGGUGAGUCUAUAAUAUUGGAUGGCCCUAAACCAGAAGGAGUUCCGGACCGCAAACGUUACGGACCCAUGAAGCUUUUGCGGUUUCACGAGAAUUAUCGUCCAGCGUACUGGGGAACCUGGAGUAAAAAGAGUACACAAAUCUCACCUCGUUGCCCCCUCACACAGGACAAGGAUUUGUUGGACUAUGAGGUGGACAGUGAUGAAGAGUGGGAGGAAGAGGAGCCAGGAGAGUCUUUGUCACAUAGUGAAGGGGAAGAUGAAGAGGAAGGAGGUGAAGAUGACGAUGAUAACGAUGGCUUCUAUGUUCCUCAUGGCUACCUUUCCGAUGAUGAGGUGGCGCUGGAAGAGGAGAGUGGCGACCAGGAGAAUCAGAAACUGCGCCAGAAACUGAAAGCUAGGGAGUGGGACGAGCUAAUGUCCACCAAGAAGAAGAUGAAGGUGCUGGAGCCGGUGGUGAGGGGCUGCAUGUGGGAGGGAGAAGGACCUGGUCUGGAGCUUCUCCAGGCUUAUGCUUUGUGUCUGGUUGAGCCUUUACCCAAAGCAGACACCAGCCUGAGCGCAGAUGAGCUGUCGCAGAAGUGUCAGAGAGAAGCACAAUGGCUCAGUCAGCUGUUGCCUUUGCUGCAUGGCAACGUCAACAGCAGCAAAGUGAUCAUCACAGAGUAUCAGGAGUUUUGUCGUCAGCAGAGUUCAUCCUCUUCAUUAUCAUCCCCAUCUAAACCGUCCAGCCCCCAGAGCUCAACAGAAAACAUCCCCACCAGAAUACACGUGAAGCGCCUCAUCAAGAGCAACGCUGUUUACGAGAAGCGUUCAACUCACAGGCGCUGCUGGUACGUGCACACAGAGGUCCUGUCCCGUUUGGGUCAGGAGGCUCUUCCACUGCCCUGCCAGUGGACCUACCUCACCGCAGGAGCCCGAGAGGAGUCCCGCGAUGAACCCCAGGCUGCCACGGGCUCUCAGGGAAACUCUCCUACUACACCUCAGACCUCCUCCACCACAUCUUCAUCCAACAAGAGGAAGAGUACAGGGAGCAUGUCAAUCACCAAGUUCAUGAAGAGAUGCACUGAUCUCGAGCAGACGGAAGCAGACGGUUUUCAGGCUGACACUGAGGAGGAUGAUGAGGAAGACUGUGUCAUUAUCAGCACACAGACUGGUCCAAACAGAGAGAAAUCCUCCAGUGAUGGUGACGUCCUAAUGGAGGUCACCCCCUCCGACGCAGCUGCUCUCCCUCUGGCCAGCGCCGCUCCUGCACUCGCCACUGCCUGAGAACCGGAUGCAGUCUCCCCCAACCAAGCUACUCCCGUUUCCUCACAAAUUCCUCCUUCCCGCCUCUGAACUCUGUGGUGCUUCAUCUUCGUGCAACAUGAAUCACCACACCCUGGUACAGGCAACUCGCAACAGGCAGCAUCUGCUCAGUAUCGUGAGUUCC